AUGGGAAUAUUUAAGAUGGAGGUCAUCUCGUCGUUGGAGACUGUCCUCCUCUCUCACUACCUCACCAAGGAAACCAUAUCCAGAUCCGCCACUACAGCACGAUACAUCCCUUCUGAGACAAGAUAUAUGUUUACUCUUUGGAAGACAAAGUCCAAAACAACCUGCAAGACCAAGUCGAAGACAACGUCGAAAACCCUCUCGAAAAUGUGCGGCGGCGGUCAUUCUCACUCUCACUCUCACUCCCCCCGGGGCAGGGGUCGUCAAUCCCACUCUCACUCCCACUCCCACCACUCUCACUCUCACUCAAGGGGAGGUGGUUGUGGCGGCCACAACCACGGCCACGAUGACCACCCGCCUGUCGGCCGCUAUGAACCGGAACUUGUCCAAAUCGCCGUGCCGGAGCCAGAGGCAAAGCCAUACGUAUGCUUCUGCACCGGCCCAUUCCCUCCGACACCUGCACCCACGCCUGGAUGCUAUCCGAUGGUGUGCUGCUACACGGACGCACCGCCCAGUUGCAACUGGCCGGUUAUGCCUCCCAAUUGCCUCCCUGCCAACUGCCUCCCCCCUGCCAACUGCCUUCCUGCCAACUGUGUGCCAUCCCUGCCACCGGGCAGUUUUUCAUAUGUCUGCCCUCCUCCCCCGGCUUCGGAUGAGUUCAGACUCGAGGUGAUCGACACCAGCGACGGAAGGAACCGCGCUCGCAACGGAGAGAAGUACACCAUCACGAUCGACUCCAAGGCCACCAUUGACGACAUCUUCUACAUGGUCGAUUGGGAAAACCAGAAGGAUGUAUCUGUGCGGUGGAAGAACGAAAUUCUCGAGGAGUUGACCCAGCAGAUUCGGGUGGGCGAACUGAGGCGCAAUGCCAAGUGUCUUGUUGUGACGGACUUUUGCUGCGCUCACUAA